CGCCGAGCCCGCGAGGGGCCGCUGGGGCCCGUCGAGCACCGCCAGCUUGUAUGAAAAUCCAUGGACAAUCCCAAAUAUGUUGUCAAUGACAAGAAUUGGCCUGGCCCCAGUUUUGGGCUAUUUGAUUCUUGAAGAAGAUUUCAAUGUUGCCCUAGGAGUUUUUGCUUUAGCUGGGCUAACUGAUUUGUUGGAUGGAUUUAUUGCUCGAAACUGGGCCAAUCAAAAAUCAGCUUUGGGAAGUGCUCUUGAUCCACUUGCUGAUAAAAUACUUAUCAGUAUCUUAUAUGUUAGCUUGACCUAUGCAGACCUUAUUCCAGUUCCACUUACUUAUAUGAUAAUUUCAAGAGAUGUAAUGUUGAUCGCUGCUGUUUUUUAUGUCAGAUACCGAACUCUUCCAACACCCAGAACACUAGCUAAGUAUUUCAAUCCUUGUUAUGCUACUGCUAGGUUAAAACCAACGUUCAUCAGCAAGGUAAAUACAGCAGUUCAGUUAAUCUUGGUGGCAGCUUCUUUGGCAGCUCCAGUUUUCAAUUAUGCUGACAGCAUUUAUCUUCAGAUAUUGUGGUGCUGUACAGCUUUUACCACAGCUGCAUCUGGUUACAGCUACUAUCAUUAUGGUCGAAAAACUGUUCAGGUGAUAAAAGGCACAUGAAAAUCACCCACCAGCAUCAGCAAGGAAGCAGUGUACAUCAUCGGCAGCAGCCCCAGUGGAAAUCUACAGGAGUUACCCUGUUUUGGUGUUCAGCUUGAAAAGGGACUUGUCAGAACAAACCAUGUCAUCAAAAUUGAAGUAGUGUACAUUGAAAAUAAGCUUGAUCAUGGGCAUGUGCAGAAUUUCCAGUGUAUUUUUAAAUACAAAUAAAACUGUAAUUUAGAAUUUUUAAUCUUAGCUUUCUUGAAUAAUUUAUAAUUGACUUAUUCCAAUUAUUGUCUGCCUGUUUUAUGUGUUUGUUUUUUUUUUUUUUAAAGAAAUCAGCAUGGAGACUGAAGAAUUGACAUUUCUCUAAGUGGAAUUUCUGUUGUUUUCAAAGCAGUGGGAAUAUAUUAUCUUACACGACUUCAUUAUAUGUUUGAGUGUUUGAGUUUUAGGUCUGUAGACACAGGCAUAGUUCAUGUGGUUCACAUUAGAUCAUCUAGAAUAAUGAGAAUAAAGCUAGCUUAGCUUUACUUUAUGAAGUUGUAAAGAGAUUUAAAAUGUAGUAAGUUUUAAAUCUGAAAAUAAGAUCAAACAAGAUCGAAGGUGUUUGAGUUCAUCAUUAGUCUUCCAACCUCUCAGGUACCCUAUAAUUUAUCAGGAUAAGAACAAAGGCAGUUGAAAUGUGAGAACAUAUUUAUCACUCUGCAUCUGAAAGGCAGUGAGUUACAUUUUACCUUCCCACUGUGUUUCUAAGGUAGCAAUGUUUAUGAUUUUGAAACCUGUACCCAUAUGUUGUGUAAAUAAUACAAAACUGUAUAUUUUUCAAAGGUUUUUUAAACUUUGGGCAAUAUUCUUUUGUUAAGAUGUUAAGGAAUAAAAGC